AUGGAAUCACAGUCACCAAUGUUGGAGGCCUACCGCCGCCUCACCGAAGUCAUCUCGUCCCAGCCCGACGACAAAGAGACUGAAGAACAUGUCCAUCAGUUGCUCAUAUCGCUGCCCUCCGUGUUCUUCACCAUAGAUGCCCAGAAGCGGACACCACUGCAUCACGCCGCCUCUGUCGGCAAACCCAAUAUUCUUCGUGCCAUCCUCACCGUUGGUCCGGAGUGUGAAGUUGACCUGCAAGAUGCCGAGGGAUGCACCGCUCUCCACCUGGCCGCGCGCAACGGCCACGAAGCCGUAGCCCGCGUCCUCCUCAAUGUUGGCGCCGACGUUCGGCGUGAGGAAGCAUUCGGCGAGACGCCGCUGCACGAGGCAGCGCGCAACGGACACGCGGCUCUUGUGAAGCUCUUUAUCGAUACGGGCGCCGUUGUUGACGUCGGGAAUCGCGACUCGAGUACGGCGCUCCACGUUGCCGCCCGACGUGGCCAUUCCGACGUUGUCGAGGUUUUGCUGGCUGCUGGCGCCAACCCUGCGACCAAAGACAAGGUCGGCGACACGCCCCUUCAUGAUGCUGCUCGCGAGGGUCGGACGGAGAUUGUCGAUGGUCUGCUCAACACGGGGCUUGUCAGCGUCGAGGCGCGGAACGCCAACGGUCUCACGCCGCUGAGCGUUGGAGCGCGCCAUGGACGCGAUGGAAUUGUGCGUUCUCUGCUCGAGAGGGGUGCCGAUGUUGACGCGCAGAGCUCUGAAUUCUGCACGCCUCUGCACCAGGCUGCUACGGAAGGCCAUGAUGGCGUGGCGAGAUCGCUCAUCGCCGCUGGCGCCGAGGUUGACUUGCAAGACAAGGACUUACAGAGCCCUCUUCAUACAGCCGUCAUAUUUGAGCAUGCUGACGUCGUAGGCAGCCUCCUCUGUGCCGGGGCGACGGUGAACCUGCGCGAUACGGAGGACUGCACGCCGCUGCACCACGCUGUCAAGAAUGGAAACAGAGGUAUUGUCAGGGAACUGCUCGAAGCGGGUUCGGACCCUACAACCCUCUCUGCCGGUGGUGAGACGGCUCUUAGUCUGGCACGGGUCAUGGGCAAGGAGUCGGUCAUUGAGCUGUUUGCUAGCCCACAGCUCGUUCCGAGGCAAAACGUCGAAGCAAACUCGCGUCCCAAGCGGGCACGGGGCCCGUCACGGCCCAACGAAGAAGGCGAGAUAAUGGCAUGCAAGCACUUUAUGGGAACCUUCUGGUGCCCUACCUCCGAGACGGCAUUUGACGAUCUUUCCGUCUGGAACAUACUUUACGAGCCUGACACGGAGGUCAAACUAAGCCCCCGUCAACCUCCACCGCCGCCUUCACCUCCACCAUCCCCUCCACCAGUUCCUUCAAGGGAAACUUCUGGCAUCCGCCACCAUGAUCACCGCCAUCGCCAACAUCAACAACACCGCCGUAAGCUAUCGCACGAUGCCCGUCGCCCUGACGACCCCGUGAAACGCUGGAUCCAUCUGCCGGCCAACAAUGUGGCCUGGGUGCUUGACCUCGUCCAAAAGAUCAGCGCCAUGGACGGCCGCACCGAGGCGGAGUGCGCUCGCGCCAUGCGUUUCGUCCGCGACACGUACCUCGAGAUGCGCUACUCGGCCCCCUACCGCAAACCGCACUUUCGUCGCGCCUCGGCUACCGGUGCCGCCGCCUCCGUUGCGGCUCCGACCUCGGCGUCGCCCUCCCUCGACCCUGCCGAGAUGUUCUCUCUCGUCCUGCCCGUCGUGGACGUCGAGAUGGAUGAGCAGACGCGCGAGCGCCUCCGCUCCGCCAUGACCGGCAGCCGCGACGUCGCGCCCAAGAGGGAGCUCCUCCGCGCCAGCACGGCCGAGCGCGCGCGUAGACUGAGCGCCAUGCCGACGGGCCUGCAACACCACCUCUUCCCCUACCUCAAGCACCUCGACGCCAUGAAUGGCCUGCGGCGAAGCUUCACCAAGUCUGAGCUGCACGUGCCGCGGACGCUCGACCAGUCGUACCACGAAUCGCUGAGCAAGGAGGAAGUGCGCGCGAGGAACGAGAGCCAGGUUCUGUACCGGUACCUUCUGCGCCUCGAGAGCCUUGUCAAGGCGGAGAAGCAGAAGAGUGACGGGUCUGUCGUUGCUGGGGAACAGAAGUUGGGCCAGGGGUCCGGCAACCCGUUUGAGCACCGCGAGCUGCUCGAGCAGCACUCGGACAAGCAGAAGCGGACAGAUGGCACAAAGGAGCAGCUGAUGAGGAUGGCGGGACGGCAGGAUGUGGCCAGCAGCGUGCGCGCGAGGGUGGCGCGUGAGCGCAAAGGGAUCGAGCAGGAGCAGCGUAAGCAGGUGUUGAUGGUGUCGCAGCUGUGGAUGUGGCGCAUCGACGAACAACGCUGGGACGACAAGAACGCCAAGACGCUGCUCAAUGAGAUCAAGCACCGCGUCCUGGCUUCUCCCGGUCUCAAGUCAGCCGAUACAGACAUGAUGGAUAUUGCUGCCCACGUCCUCGAAUCGGCAGUCGGAUUCAGCGAGGAGGAGUUUCAUUUUCAGUUCUGCGGCCCGCGAUCGUACUGUAACGUCUUUGCGGGCUCAGUGGCUUUCCUCUCCAACGAGGCAAUGAAACGGUACACGGCCUUCAAGUCGUCCAUCCGCGGGAUGCGCACUUCGAAGACUGUGCUCGGGGACCUGCGAGCUGAGAUUGAGCUACUGCAGGAGAUAGACGAUGUGAGGGAGGAAGUGAAUAUGAUCCAGACGGUAUUGAAGGAACAAGAGCGCGUCGUCGUCGAGUUUCAGGGUUCACGAGAACCAGACUGCACCGUGCUGGAGCAGGUCAGAGGCGGCCUCGGAGGUUUCUCUCAUCCUACCCUGGACUUUUUCGAUCGCCUGGGACUGGAUGCUGAUCGAGUUCGGACCUCGGCCCCCCUCUCCUGGAUCAUGGGCGUUUUUGAGGUCAACAUAUCCGGCCUACCAAGCCCAAUCACACCAGGCACUGUGGUCCUGGCCAGCAUUGGGAGUCUCCUCGCCACCGUAUUGGUCAUCUGGCUGUCCCUCCAGAUCUACGAACUCAUCGCCCAAGGCCAGAGCAGCGCGAAGCGCCGAAAGCUCGACUCCAUGCUUCGCCGGAAGACGAAACCAAACGAAACCUUGGCACCUGAAGCGGCAGCGCAGUCACAGCGAGGCGAUGAAUCUGCAGGUCAAGCAAGCCAAACGGCAAGGUCAUCUGCCCUCCGAUCGGAGGCCGCAGCGAGCGCUGUGGGUCAGGGGGCAUCGGGCCAACGCAAACUCAGGAAAAGGUUUAUCAGGUUCGGCAGGGACGGAAAGAAGAGGCUAGAUGAGGAGACUGCGAUAGUUGUUUGA